GUCAAACUUGUCUUCGGGACAGAAAAACUUGGCAAAAGAGACCCGCGCCACCGGUUGAAAGGCGGAACCACAAUAAUACCGACCGAUACCCAUUCCGAAGACCACAGGCUCACAUCGCCACUGCCCAAUGUCUGAACGCAGGCGCGAGCAAAACAGAAUAGCGCAGAAGACCUACCGGGACAAGAAAAAGAGUUACCUUAAGCAGCUUGAAACUAUCGCUAAGGGACAGAAAAACGCUGCCACACCGCCGUCUCAGCAUAAUGACGACUUUCCACGGCAUCAAUGUCAAGGAAAUUAUCAGAGGGUCAAUGAGGAACCGACAUCUAAUAAUGAUAUGAGCGCACAACGUAGUCCUCUCGAACUGCCUUCUCACUCCCAUCACCUUAUCAACCCUGGAGCUGCAAACGAGCUGGACCUACCUGGCAGCAUACCAGGCGUUCCCAGAUUUGAUUCAAUACCAGGUGAAUCAAUUGAUGAACUUCAAAGUGAUCUGAACUUCUUGGAUCAAAUUUCGACAAUUCCGCCCCUAGUCGAUCCCACUCUUGCACUGUCCUCGGACAACAUUUUCCCACAACGCUUGAGUAACACAGGCCAACAUUUCAGCGGGAUGGUGGAGGCCGAUUUUCUAACCAGUCAUGAGGAGAAUCAGCAGGCGCGGGCACAAAUUGUCGACCAAGCUACAUCAAGCUCCAGCAGAUUGAGCAAUGUGCUAGGAUCUGAGAAUGGUGUGAGCGAAAAGUACUCCCUUGAAGACAUUCUGGUCGCGGGAAUAUGCACCCUUUCGAAAGGAGAAAAUCGACCAAAGAAUGACUUAUCAGCAAAUAUCACACCAACGACAGACACGGAAAAUGACACUCGAAGAAUCCUACCCCUAACGACUCAUCCAGAGCCCUGCAAGGUCCCGGAUAUACAUCUGAACACAAUUCAACUCACCACAAUAUCAUUUGUCACAGCAUGCAUUGCUAAUGCGGCAAUGCUCGGGCUGUCACCAGAAGUUUUGUGGGACACAACAACGCAGUCCCCUUUUUACCAGGCGUGGAUGGCCAACGAGCCACCCGGAACAGCGAACGCAGAGCAGUUCGCCCAUGUCAAGCCCCCUGCUUCGACCUUCUCCCACGCAACUGACCCACCCUCAUCAUCCUUACCUCGACAUUCUCCCAUUUCCUGCUUUCCGAAAUCGUAUCAUUCAGCUCAUUCAGAUUCAACCCCCGGCCUUCGACCCUGA